AUUUUGUAGUAUAGUAGAAAACAAAGUUUAGUAGACGUAUUUUGACUUGAUUGCAUUCAAAAUGUUGGUAUUUCUUUAUAUUUAUAGUGUAAUCACUAUGUACGAUGCGAUUGCAACUGAUUCGUCAGUUCCUAAAAUUGUUGGUGGUUCGGCUGCAGAAGAAGGACAAUUUCCACAUCAGGCUUCUCUUCGUAUUAAAAAAAAACACUUCUGCGGAGGUUCCAUUUUAAAUAAACGAUGGAUCCUUACCGCGGCUCAUUGUCUUGCUGGAUUGGAUGCUAGCCGUAUAGCCAUUGUAUUAGGAACCAAUACCUUAGACAAAGGUGGUAACCUGUACCAAGCAAAUAUGACAAUAGCUCACGAAGAAUAUAAUCCAAGAAAAAUAAAAAAUGAUAUCGGAUUAAUUAAAGUUGAUAAGGACAUCGAAUUUACCGACAAAAUAAAACCAAUUAACUUACCGACAGAGAAUUAUAAAAAAAUUGAUAGUUAUGUUACAUUAUCGGGUUGGGGUAGAACAAGUUAUCCUGGAAAUUCACCGAACGAACUUCAACACAUCAAAUUAAAAGUAAUUGAUCAAAAAAAGUGUGCUACAAUGGUAAUAAUUGCUGGAAUUCCCGUUUCCGACACGAACAUUUGUACCUUAAAUCAAUAUGGAGAAGGUGCUUGUCAUGGUGAUUCUGGUGGUCCUCUUAUCGACGGAGAUGAACAAGUCGGAGUUGUUUCUUGGGGUAUUCCAUGUGCAAAAAAUCGACCGGAUGUUUUUACUCGUGUAUUCAGUUACCUAGAUUGGAUAAAAAAUCAUAUUAAAGAAGAUGAAGGUCAAACAUUUAAAUAAUACAAUUAUAUACAGCAAAAAAUAAAUAUACAAAAUAAAUUAACAAAAAUUAUUAAGCAAUGGAAAAUAAAAAUGAUAAUAAAAAAUAUGUUCAUUAUGCUUAAGUAAUGUAUAU